AAAAAUUGCUUACAACCUGUUUGAUAUUUAGCCAGAUAGAAUGGAUCACUUAGAAUUAGUUGAGAAAUUUGUUGUUCCUUUGAGUUGUCUUUAUCUUUCAUGGAAAUUGAUCAGACACAUAUGGAGUUUCAUGAAUAUUGAACGAGAACCUGUUACAGUUCUAGUAACCGGUGCUGCAGGACAAAUUGGAUAUGCUAUUGCUCCUAUGAUUGCUAGAGGGGCUAUGCUUGGCCCAAAUCAACCUGUUAUUCUUCAUUUGCUUGAUAUUGAACCUGCUGCUCAGGCACUGGAAGGUGUAAAAAUGGAAUUGAUUGAUGCUGCAUUACCUCUACUUAAAGGGGUGGUUGCCACUACAGAUGUGGUUGAAGCUUGUACAGGCAUAAACAUCGCAAUAAUGGUUGGUGGAUUUCCUAGAAAAGAAGGGAUGGAACGAAAAGAUGUGAUGUCCAAAAACGUAUCUAUAUACAAAGCCCAAGCUACAGCUCUUGAACAACAUGCUGCUCCCAAUUGCAAGGUGCUGGUUGUUGCUAAUCCAGCCAAUACAAACGCUUUAAUCCUAAAAGAGUUUGCUCCUUCAAUACCCGAGAAAAAUAUAACAUGUCUUACUAGACUUGACCACAAUAGAGCCCUUGGUCAGAUUUCAGAAAGGCUUGAUGUUCAAAUUUGCGAUGUUAAGAAUGUUAUCAUUUGGGGUAAUCACUCGUCGACUCAGUAUCCAGAUGUCAAUCAUGCAACUGCAGAAGAGAAAUCUGUUAGAGAAUUAGUCAAGGACGAUGAUUGGUUGAAUUCUGGGUUCAUCACGACAGUGCAACAACGGGGUGCAGCCAUUAUCAAAGCUAGGAAGCUAUCAAGUGCAUUGUCUGCUGCAAGUUCUGCUUGUGAUCACAUGCGUGAUUGGGUCCUUGGGACCCCUGCGGGAACUUGGGUUUCCAUGGGUGUGUAUUCAGAUGGGUCAUAUGGGAUUCAACCAGGACUUAUUUACUCUUUUCCUGUAACUUGUAAGGAUGGAGAAUGGUCAAUUGUCCAAGAUUUGGAGAUUGAUGAACUGUCAAGGAAAAAGAUGGAUUUGAGUGCAGAAGAGCUGAUAGAGGAGAAAGCAAUAGCAUAUUCUUGUCUCAACUGAUCAUGCACAUCUUCAAGAUGCUUAGUUAGUUAUUAUUAUUAUUAGUAGAAUAAUAAUAACAUGAUUAUUAUUAUGGUCUUUUAUUAAUUUUAUUAACUUCCAUGUAAUCUGGAUGAUGCACAAAGUAUUUGAAUAAUAGAUACUUUUAUUUAUAU